GAUACAUUGAGAUCACCACCUGCAGAGAACAAGGUUAUGAAAAGAGCAUCACUUGUCGGAGUGUUUACCACAACCUUAUUCUAUGUACUAUGUGGUACCAUUGGCUAUGCAGCCUUUGGAAACGAUGCUCCUGGAAAUUUCCUCACUGGAUUUGGUUUCUAUGAACCCUUUUGGCUAAUUGACUUCGCUAACGUUUGCAUCGCCGUCCACCUGGUUGGAGCUUACCAGGUUUUCUGCCAACCAAUAUAUGGCUUUGUGGAGGGUCGUUGUAGUGAACGAUGGCCAGACAACAAAUUCAUCACUUCUCAACAUGCCAUAAACAUUCCAUUUUCUGGUCAUGUUUACUAUGUAAACUUUUUCAGGUUGUUGUGGAGGACAGCAUAUGUUAUAGUAACAGCAGUAAUUGCCAUGAUAUUUCCAUUCUUCAAUCACUUCUUGGGCUUAAUUGGGGCAGCUUCUUUUUAUCCAUUAACUGUCUACUUGCCUAUAGAAAUGCACAUUGCUCAGAGGAAAAUUCCAAAGUAUUCAUUCACUUGGAUAUGGCUGCAAAUACUAAGCUGGGGUUGCUUAAUUGUGUCACUUGUUGCAGCAGCUGGAUCCAUACAGGGUCUUUCUCAGGAUCUCAAGGCAUACAAGCCUUUCAAAUCUCAAGCUCAUGAAUGAGUUUUAGACCAGUUUAUAACUAAAUUUAUAGUAAUAUUUUCAAUAAGAAGUUUGUUGAAACAGAGUGAUUGUAUGUAACUCUUGCAAAUUUUGUACGGCACGUUAUAUGGCAUCACGCUACUUGAACACCGAGCAGCACUGGGUCCAAAGAUGAUUAAUUAGAUCUCCUUUGCCUGAAAAUAACACUGUGCGGCAUAAGUGAACCUUUUUUAUGUAAAUUAUAUCGAUUGUUGAAUCCCAUUAACAUAAACAAGGGCGUUCAGAAAUGUUUUAAGUUA